AUGGCUAUGUUUGAAGUGUUAAGGAAAGAAUAUAGUGAUUAUUUACAACAGUGUUUCAAAGCAUCGGAUAUACAGUCAUUUCAAAAGAAGUGUACAGAACUCUGUGCAAAUGAUAAUGACAGAAAAGCUGCAGUUGAUCAAGCAUUGAGGGAUACUCUUCUUGUAAUUUUAUCUGAAAAUGUGUCAAGCAAUGUGCAUCUACUUGAAGCGUACAUUACGUUCUGCAUUGAACUAUGUAGAAAAGACUUAGCAACCGCAAGUAUGCCAGUAAUGUUACUUGGCGAUAUAUUUGAUUCUAUGACAUUGGACAGAUGUGAGCAACUUUUUACAUUUGUUGAGAACAAUGUCGUUGUGUGGAAGGAAGAUUUAUUCUUUAGUGCUUGUAAAAAUAAUUUAUUGCGGAUGUGCAAUGAUUUACUUAGAAGAUUAUCUCGGUCACAACAGACUGUGUUCUGCGGAAGAAUUCUAUUGUUCCUUGCUAAAUUUUUUCCUUUUUCUGAAAGAUCUGGUCUUAAUAUUGUCAGUGAAUUUAACUUGGAGAAUUACACAGAAUUUGGUUCUGAAAAAUCUGAGGGUGAUGAUUUAGAACAAAUAACUAAAGAUGAUGAUGAAUCUGAAAGUAAAGUACCCAUUGAUUAUAACUUGUAUAGAAAGUUUUGGGCACUGCAAGAUUUCUUUAGGAAUCCAAAUCAAUGUUACAGUAAAAUGUAUUGGAAAGUGUUUUCAGCUCAUGCUUCAAGUGUUCUGUCAGCAUUUUCAUCUUUUAAAUUAGAAGAGCAACGUAAUUAUCCUGCGACAUCUGUUAAAUUAGAUUCUUCUAUGGAAGGAUCUCAUAAGGAAACACCUUAUUUUGCAAAAUAUCUGACAAAUCAAAAAUUAUUGGAAUUGCAACUCUCUGAUUCAAACUUUAGACGAUAUGUUCUGCUGCAAUUUCUCAUUCUCUUCCAGUAUCUUAAUAGCACUGUAAAAUUUAAAGCCUUCCUUGCCAGUGGCUAUGAGACAAGUGAAACACAUGAACUGAAGCCUGAUCAGGUAGAUUGGGCAAAAGCUACUACGGAACAAGUGUACGCCUUACUGACAGAAACACCUCCUGAUGGUCCAACAUUUGCUGAAACUGUUAAAAAUAUACUAAAACGCGAAGAACAUUGGAAUGCAUGGAAGAAUGAAGGUUGUCCUCCAUUUAAAAAACCAGCUUCAGAUUCAAUUGCUGAUACAGAGGAAUUAAAAAAACCAAAACGACCUAGACGUAGAAUUGGAGAUGUUAUUAGAGAUGCGCAAGCAAUAGGAAAAUAUCACAUGGGAAAUCCAGAACUGACAAAGUUAUGGAAUCUGUGUCCUAAUAAUCUUGAAGCAUGUAAAUCCAAAGACAGAGAUUUCUUACCAUCUUUAGAGACAUACUUUGAAGAGGCCAUUAUGCAGUUAGAUCCUAAUGCAAUGGUUGAAGACGAGUACAAAAAAGUAAAUGAUGGAAACUUUGGUUGGAGAGCAUUAAGAUUGUUAGCUAGACGUAGUCCGCAUUUUUUCGUUCAUGGUAAUUAUCCUAUCAAUAAACUACCCGAGUAUCUUGAAACAAUGAUAAAAAAGAUUGCCAAAGAUCGUCCACAAACGCAAUCUGACAAUAAAUUGGAAACCGAAGAAACGCCACCGUCGGAAGCGAACGAUCAAGAAUUUAAUGAAGAUGUAUUAAAACAAGAGAGUGAACAGGUUGAACCAGAAAAUACGGAUACAAAAGCACGAAAAUUGACAAAAAUUACGUCUGAAAUGGUGGCAAAAUUAUCGGACGUAUUAAAAAACGAUUGGAAGAAAUUAGCAACUAAACUCGGUUAUACGAGUGAGGAGAUCACAUUCUUCCAUGGUAAACCAACAUCAUACGAACAAUGUAAAAAUAUGUUAGAAAUUUGGGCAGAAGAAGAUGUGGAUGCGUCGAUGGAAAAUCUAGCGUACAUCUUAGAAGGUUUAAAGUUUGCGGAGGCAUUGGCGAUUUUAAAAUCAUAA